UGCUUGUUUUCAGGUGUGUUGGAGGAAGUGUCCCGAGUACUGUAUACUCAAUUUUGUUUUCUUUGAGGGCGGCGUCGCUGUGCCGCAGUUUGUGAGCACAAAAUGCAAGGAAGGCUUAGGACAAGUCCACUCCAGUGAGAGCGAGAGUCAGAGCUAUGGAGUCCUCCCUGGAGCUGUCCAAUUCUUUGGGCAGUGUAUCGUCGCUGCUGAGCGGCUGUAGGACCUUCAAAGUGCUUGUGAUUGGGGACUCUGCGGUGGGCAAGACGUGCCUUACACACCGACUCUCCGCCGCUCAGUUCCCCAGCUGCGUUGAGGCCACGAUCGGAGUAGACUUCCGAGAGAGACUCCUUGAUGUCGACGGGGAGAUGAUCAAGCUCCAACUUUGGGACACAGCGGGACAAGAGCGCUUCCGUAAGUCUAUGGUGCCACAUUUCUAUCGUAACGUGCACGCAGUUCUCUUUGUGUAUGACAUCACCUGCCGGGCCAGCUUCAACAGCCUGACUACCUGGGUAGAAGAGUGCAGACGGAAUUCUCUCGGCCAGGAAGUCCCCAGGUUCCUGGUUGGAAACAAGACGGACCUCCGAGAUGUUAUAAGGGCCGAUGGCCUGGUGAGCCAGGAACAGGCAAAGAACUUUGCCAAGACUCACAACAUGAUGUUUUUUGAGACAUCAGCAAAAUGCACAAGCCGACCACGAUGUGUCAGGGAGGUGCCCUAUCAGCGGGAUAAAGUGGAGGACAUUGUUAAUGCCGUCGGUGCCAGACUGAAGAGACAGAAGAAUCCCACCGCAGCAUACAAUCCAGCAUACAGCGGCUCUUUUCAAGUUCUCAACAAAAAAAAGGAGAAAGAAAUGUGGAGCUGCUGCUGAAAGAGUGAACAACAGUUGGGGGGGAGGGGGGGUGGCUAGGAGACACAGAGACUUCAAUAUUUAUACUUUUUUUUUUUUUUAAUAUAGGGCAUGUUACACAAACAUUGUCUAUUUGUAGUAUUGUAUAUUAUUUGCCAAAUAAAAUGCCGUAAUGUGAAUGGAGAGAGCAGUGUGUUUAUUUGCAAAUUAUAGAAACUGUACAUGUAAACUAAAAAGCCAGGCAAUUAUUGAAUGAGUAUUUCCAGUUGAAUUUCUACUUAGUCAAGUGGACUGUACCUUGGAAAUGAAAAGGUUCAAUCAGGGGAUGGAGCCGGGGUCUUUAUCUUCCCAACACAUUUUAAGAAUUCAUUUUGAGAACAGUUUGUUGAAAGCCCUUUUACUUGCUUCAGCUUCAGGUCCCAAAUUUAUAGUGGCAAGGUGCAUCAAGGUUAGGCUUACGCCGAAAUAAAGGCAAACCAACCGUUAAUUAAUAUGCAAUACAUUUUAUUUACCUACAGUACUUUAGUUAGCGUUGUUCAUUUACCAAACAUAUUUUUCCACGUGUGGGAAAUGUUAAUUGUGUUGUUGCAAAAUGUAGCUGGGCUUGGAUGUUUUUAUUUUGUAAGAUAAGCCCAGGCCAGCCAAAUAAAGGACACAGGUGAUUGUCAGAUGUACGAAACAGCGAGUACCUGCCAGAAAUCCCUGAAGCCCCUUCACAGUUGUCGGUUUCUUGGCAGCCUUCCUGGUGGUUUUCUUUUUAUCAAUUUUAGAGGGACAUCCAGUUCUUGAUAAUGUCACUGUUCUACCAUUUUCACCACUUUAUGACUGUCUAUGUUUCAUGAUAUAUUAAACACCUUGAAAAUGA